AUGGAUCUCCUCGAUGCCAUCGUGGGACCCCCGAAGAAGGAGCUCUUCUUGUCGCACCCGUCUCGCCCAGCAUCUCUAGAUGAGAAGAGGAGGCGGAUAGCGCAGCUGCAGCAGCAGCGGCAGCAACAGCUGCAACAGCAGCGGCAGCAACAGCUGAAGCAGAUGUCGUUGCAAGAGCAACAGCAGGAGCAGCAGCAACGUCUGCAGCAGCAGCAGCGAGAGCGAGAGGACGAAGCGCGGCGUCGGGAGGCGGAGCAGCAGCAGCUCCUGCUGCAGCAGUUGCAGCAGGAGAGGCAGCAACUUGUGAAGCAGCUAAGAGCAGCAAAUCGAAGUGUAAUAGGGGACCGCCAGGCGCAAAAGCAAGUGCACGCUAUGACGAAGAGACUCCUUGAGGUGGAUAGACAGCAGCAGCUGCUGCAAGAGGGAAAGCCUAUCGACAGCAACAGCAGCAGUAACACAAACAACAGCAGCAGCAGCAGCAGCGUCAACAGCUGCAGCAGCAGCAACGCUUGUAACAGCAUCAGCAGCGAGCCAAGUACCAGCUUCAGUACGGGCGCCUCCUCCACAAGCAGCAGCUGCAGUAUUAGCAGCAGCAGCAGCAGCAGCAGCGGCAGCAGUCAGCCGGAUGAGGGACGGGAGAGUGUUCAUGCAGCGUUGCAGCAGCAGUUGCAGAGGCGUCAGCAAGAGUUGCUGCAGCAGCGGCAGCAACUGGAGGAGGAUGUGCAGCGUUUGAAGCGACAAGGGAAGACGCCAAAGGCAGCAGCAGCAGCAGCAGCAGCAGCAGCCGCAUUCCGGAUGCCAGUGGCGAACCGUGCGGGAUCGUCGAUCCCCCGAAGUUCAGGGAGUACUGCUUCUGGCGGCAGCAGCAAGAGCAGCAGGAGCAGCAGCUUGCAGCGGAGCAGCAGCAGCAGCAAGCCCAAGUCGAAGUCUCGGCAGCACCCAUUUUUCUCAGCCAGGGCCAGCAGCAGCAGCAGCAGCAACAGCAGCAGCAGCAGCAGUGUGGUUGUGAUGCGCAGCGAAGAUGGAACGAAGAUAGUUAAACAUAUCUGCAGCACUCCUCUUGACAGCAGCAACCCGGAUGUUCGGCUGCUGCGCGAGAGGCCUGAGGGAUUUGAACGGGGAGAUGCAGCGAUAUCUUGCGAAGUAUUAAAGGCAGCAACAGCAGCAGCAAAUGCAGCAGCAGCAGCAGCAGCAGCAGCAGCAAAUGCAGCACGUUCAUCUCAAGCCAACCAAUCAGGCACCAGCAGCAUUAAUCUGGCAAAGGGCAUCGAACCCUGGAACCCACGAAAUCUGCUGCAGCACAACCCGACGCAGCAGCAGCAAAUGCAGCAGCAACAGCAGCAGCAGCCCUGGCCGAGGGAAGAAGCUCGUCGGCAGCACUCUGAAGCAGCGACCCCGCCUCGCGAACACCAGAACCAUCAGCAGCAGCAGCAGCAGCAGCAGCAGCAACAGCAGCAGCAACAGCAGCAGCAACAUCACCAGCAGCAGCAGCAGAGAAAGUCUCCCGGCUCAGCAAACUCAGCAGCAAAGCCAAAGAUACCCAGCACUGCAGCAGGUAACAAGCAUGCUCUGCAUCGUCAGCGGCAGCGGCAGCUGCUGAUGCAGAAGCUGCUGCGGGAGAAGGAGCAGCAGGAGCUGCUCCUGCAGCAGCAGCAGCAGCAGCAGCAAAAGAAGGUUCUGGCAUUCCAACCUUCUCGCGCCAUGCUGCAGCAGCCCUCUGUUGGGAUGCAGCAGCAGCAGCAGCAGCAGCAGCAGCAGCAGCAGCCAGAGCAGCAGCAAGAGCAGCAGCAGCCGCGGGGUUUCUUGCCUUCACCGAGCGCUCGUCUUUCUUUCUCUGUUCCUGUGGGUUCUCGUUCGAAGCAGUUGCUGCGGCAGCGGCAGCUGCAGCAGCUCGGUCUAACCCAGCAGCAGCAGCAGCAGCAGCAGAGGAAGCAGCAGUCGACAGUGGGAGCGUUACAUGAUCGAAGCUGCAGCGAAGAAGAUUGGGAAGACGGGGACUCGGAUUUGUCUUCUUUUAUUGAAGAUGACGAAGAAGAGGAGGCUGCAUGCAACAACAGCAGCAGCAGCAGCAGCAGCAAGCGAAAAGCAGAUUCUAAGCCCGACUGGAGAAGGGAAAUGAGGGCUGUCACUGGAUACGAUCCUGCGGUGUAUGCACAGCUCGAUUGGGGAGAAUGUCAAGAAAGCAGCUUCUCGAGACAGCUAGAAGAAGAGAGGCGCAGCAGACUCCUAGCUGAACAGGAGGACAGGCGGGAGCUGCUGCUGCUGCAGCAAAAGAAAAAACGCAUAUGA